UGCGCGGCGCUUUUUAUUGUCGGGGCUGAGAGGGGGCGUGGUGUGGAAAGUGCGCCGGCGGAAGUGCGGAUUUCCUCUUCCGGUGUGAGGGACAAAGAGAGCGGAGCGGGGAGGUUUAUUGUAAAACGUGACUACAAUAUUUGGCCAAAAUGUCAAAACGGCCAUCAUAUGCUCCUCCCCCUACCCCAGCACCCGCAGCACAAUUGCCCAGCACACCAGGGUUUGUGGGAUACAAUCCAUACAGCCAUCUUGCCUACAACAACUACAGGCUGGGAGGGAACCCAGGCAGCAACAGCAGGGUAACGGCCUCAUCUGGGAUUACCAUCCCAAAACCACCAAAGCCCCCGGAUAAGCCACUGAUGCCAUACAUGAGAUACAGCAGAAAGGUCUGGGACCAAGUGAAGGCUUCCAACCCUGACCUUAAGUUGUGGGAGAUUGGCAAGAUCAUUGGUGGGAUGUGGCGUGACCUCACCGAUGAGGAGAAGCAAGAGUACUUGAACGAAUAUGAAGCUGAAAAGAUCGAGUACAAUGAGUCAAUGAAAACCUACCACAACUCUCCUGCUUAUCUUGCUUAUAUCAACGCCAAAAGCAGAGCGGAAGCCGCCCUAGAGGAAGAAAGCCGCCAGCGCCAGUCCCGCAUAGACAAAGGAGAGCCUUAUAUGAGUAUUCAGCCAGCAGAGGAUCCUGAUGACUAUGAUGAUGGUUUUUCCAUGAAGCACACGGCUGCUGCUCGCUUCCAGAGGAAUCACCGGCUAAUCAGUGAGAUCCUGAGUGAGAGCGUAGUGCCAGAUGUGAGGUCCGUGGUCACAACAGCCAGGAUGCAGGUUCUUAAGAGACAAGUCCAGUCCCUCAUGGUGCAUCAGCGUAAACUGGAAGCAGAGCUACUACAGAUCGAAGAUCGUCAUCAGGAGAAGAAAAGGAAGUUCUUGGAAAGUACCGACGCUUUCAACAAUGAGCUUAAACGGUUAUGCGGCCUAAAGGUGGAGGUGGACAUGGACAAGAUUGCUGCAGAAAUAGCCCAGGCUGAGGAGCAGGCUCGCAAACGGCAAGAGGAACGAGAUAAGGAAGCAGCAGAGCAAGCUGAGCGCAACCAAAUCGCAGCUGCAGCGGCCGCCGCUGCUGCCGCCGCCACAGCUGCAACUAUCGAGGAGGAGCAAGAAACGCCAAAGUCAGAAGAGAAGAUAGAAGAGGAAGAAACUCCUCCCAUGGAGACGGAGGACACGCCCUCUUUGCCCCCUGCAGAAGAAACUAGUGAGAGCCAGCAGAAUGGAGAGGAGGGGACGUCCACUCCAGAGGACAAGGAAAGUGGACAGGAGGCUGUGGACAGUACACUGGAUGAAGGAACUAGUGACAGUAAUACCGGAUCUGAGACCAACAGUGGAACCGUGGAAGAGCCAACAGCAGAUCCGACCACAGAGGAGGGAGAGCGGAAGGAAUGAGCAUCCAUCUACAGUUUUCCACGUGACCCAAACCUUGGUUAGACCGCAGUCCAAGUCAUUCCUAAACUAUAAAACAUUAGUGACCUAAAAAGAGAAAGCUACAAGAAAGGUUGGAUUGGAUAAUACCUGCCAGUCUUUUCACUGGUUUUAUGGGUUCCAUUGGUUCAGUGACAAUAGAACUGAGUAGACCUGUUAUAUGUUGUUUUUUAUUUUAUUUGUAACAUCCUAAUUGGCAUAGCUGCGAUUGAACAUGGGAGGAUCACUAACGAUUGUUCCACUUCAUCUGAAUUACCUUAUUGGACCCAUCCAAACCCAGCACACCUGACAGAUCAUUAAACAUUUCUAUACAGUAAUGAGAACUAGAGUUUUGGUCGUAGGGAGAUAUGAAGUUCACUAAAUGAGUUUGUUGGGUUUACCUUCUAGUACUUGUCUAUACCCUUUUCUGUGUGUCUGCUCCCUUUGUUUUAGGGAUAAAACUGACAGCAGUGAGGGUUUUACCUGGAAGUCUGGACUGAACCGUACACAUAAACAUGCCAGUACUAGAUCCAAUUCGCUUCUCAGUAUAGGUCAUUUUAACUCCUCAGACAUCGCUUAAGUUGUAAUUUAAAGGGAAUGUGUCAUGAGGGAAAAUGUAAUCUGCCACUUUGAAAAUGCAAAACUUUUUUUGUCCGUUUUGGAAUUCAGUACUUCCUGAACCAUUGGGCUGUGAGAAGUAUCCAGCAAGCAGCGACGGGGUGAAGUCUGUGUUGCUGCUGUGCACACUUUCUCCAGGUCAGUCAAAGUGCUAAAGCCAAGACAGCCAGUAACAUAGCAUUUCCAAAGCAUGAUGCCCUACAUAUGUCAUGACAGGUGCCCUUUAAAGUCCCCUCCAUCCAAUUCUGCUGCAGUUUUGUAGCUGAAUGUCCUUCACACAAUUCUUAAUGCUGUUUUUGUGAUGGUUGUAUUUUUUUUUAUUUUUUAAUACCUGAAGAUUGAAUAAACAUUGAAUCGUC